UUCACAUUCGUGACCAAUAAUAAAUAUCUAUAUUUGUAUUAAUGAGGUAGCCGUGUUGUAAAACAGGAUACACAAUAAAUAGAAAUUUGUAGAACUUUGUUUUCUAAAGAUUUCUACAAAAAAUACUAGGGUAUUUUCAAAGGCGAAAUAGCUGCGAAGCCAUCAAGAAGUUGAGAAGUUUUGCUACUUUUAGUGAAAUUUAUUUUCAAAAUGGCAGCUACGAGAAGAUUGCAAAAGGAACUUGGUGAUUUAAGAGCUUCAGCAAUGAAAAAUUUUACAAAUAUUCAAGUAGAUGAGUCAAAUAUUCUUACUUGGCAAGGCCUUAUACUGCCGGAUAAUCCACCAUAUAAUAAGGGAGCAUUUAGAAUUGAGAUAAACUUUCCUGCAGAAUAUCCUUUUAAACCUCCAAAGAUAAACUUUAAAACUAAAAUAUAUCAUCCGAAUGUUGAUGAAAAGGGACAAGUAUGCUUACCAAUUAUCAGCGCUGAAAAUUGGAAACCAGCUACGAAAACAGAUCAAGUUGUACAAGCAUUGAUAGCAUUAGUAAAUGAUCCAGAGCCUGAACAUCCGUUGAGAGCAGACCUUGCCGAAGAGUUUCUAAAGGAUAGAAAAAAAUUUUUAAAAAACGCUGAAGAGUUCACGAAAAAACACGCAGAAAAAAGGCGGGAGUCAUCAUCAUCUAACGAAUAACCACGGGUGACCGAUUUUAUUCACCAAGAUGCCUGCCACCUGUCAGAUAAUUUAAUUGAAACCAGCAUAGACUUAACUGUUACAUGAAAACAAGUUGAGAUACAUGUGUACAGUAUUGGUUAACUACCGACAAUGAUAUAAAUAUGUGCAAAUUGUAAUGUUUAUAAAAGUGGAUUAACAAAUUUUUCAGAACAAAGUAAAAUAUAAUAAACUAACUGUAUGAUAUUGUAUACGAUUUGUAUUUAAAGUCGUUGCGUGGUUAUAAUCCAUAUAAUUCGAAGGAAAGAAAAGGAGGAAAAAACAAAAUGUCAUUUAUUCUUUUUGUGUUGGAGUAAAAAUCGUAAGUUUCUACAGUAAUGCAUUUUUCUUCCAAUGCUAUGGGUGCAUUAUCAUGAUGUUAAUUCCUCAAAAAUUGUAGAAGAAUUUUUAUGCGUAUCACUUAAGCUCGUAAACAAAUGUGAAUGUAAAUAAGUUUAUGUAAUUAUUAAAACAAUAGCAACACUUUCUUCUUAGCGCCGUUUUGAAAAUUGAAUUCAAUUUUUAUAUGUGAACGAUUCAUAUUGAAAAUUACGUUAUAAUACAUAGCGGAUGUAUUUGUUUUUUUCAAAUGUAAUAUUGAAGCAUUUAAUAGAUUUUAAAUUUAGAAAAAAUUAAGUUUAUAUCUUUAUUGAUUUGUUACUUCAUACAAUAUAUGUAAUAUUGUGUAGGAAAAAUAAUAUGAAAAUUCUGUAAUAUUCCGAAAUGUUCAACUCGAAACUUAUCUUUCCACACUAUUACAUAUGUACAAGUGGGUACUUGAAUACGAAAAACUCGGUUGUAUUGAAUACUAGUAAAUGGAAUAUAAAGGAUAGGAUCAAUAUGAUGCUUUGUAUUUAAAACGUAUUGAAACAAAGGACUACUUUUGCAGGGUUUUAUUUUUAUUCAGUUUGCGUAAGAAAGGGUAAAACCGUUUGUUUAAAUAUUAAAUCUCUAUAUUAAUAAAUAAA